CGAACGUCUUACACCAAAGCAGAUUCUGCGCAUUGAAAAGCUUCUAGAGUGCUACGAGCAUUGUCUACUUGGAACAAUAUGACUUCCCUUCAUGCUACAAGGCACUCCAACAAGGCCCUCAAUGACCUUAAGAGAGUUUGGGAGCGCAGCCCAGCUCACGCCCGCUCAAUUGUUGCCAGUGUCCUGGGAGAAGGCUGGUUUGACCAACAGACAGACGUGCUGCAAAGGGAGAAUACUGAGCGACAGACCAAAAUUCGGCGAUUAUACGACGAGAUUGUCCAGAUAGACAAGGAGGCAGGGAGGAAAGCGGUGGAAGAGUUCCGACGUGUGCUAUGGAAGGCCCGAGAACAAAUGACAAGUCGAGACUUUGCUUAAGCGGCGACUGCUACACUUGUAGCCGCAAUAUACCCCCAAAUAUCUGC